AUUGCCAAUGAUCCGGUUCAUGUGGAUGAUUUCUAUAAUAAUCCUGCCUCUGUCGCAUCUUCCGGCGCACCUCAAUGGAACCUUCCAACCGGAACUUGUCUUCCUGACGCCGCCAUAAUCAACGGUGUUCAAAACGGGGGUAAUGCCCCUGAUAACUGCAACAUAGGCAAAUUAAACCACAAUUGCCACUCGCAGCCCAAUUGGAAUGGCGCGAACACGGAGCUCUAUUCUUUCCCAACUUAUUGGGAUCUUCGGCGUUGCAGCACUACCGAAUUUCGCAUCGCUUAUAAUGUUUACUUCACGAAGGACACUGGUCACAGACAUGACAUUGAAUGGAUUGUGAUGGUAUGGAAAUCACACGAUGGCGGAAACACCUUUAUUCGUGAUUCUGUUGUUUUUGAACAAGACGGAUCUCAUCCACACAAGUCCUGGGACCAAAUUCAAAACACCUUUUAUGAUCAAGAAGAUUGGCUCUCCCUUGGCAACAAAAGCAAAAAUCACGCCAGAAUCUUUGUAGGAAAGUGGCACCAUUCGAUGCACGAUGACCGCUACACCCAGUUCAAGAAUACCUGCCCGCCAAAUUCCGUGUCAGACUUCCGAACCGACGACUUCUACUUCUGGUCUGCACUCAACCUGACCCCCAUGGAUGUUAUC